GGAUCUGGUUCUUAGUGGAAAAAUCCAACAACUGCUCUCUAAGGGCGUUUCAGAAGGGGGCAUGCUCAGAUAAAUGACUGUUUUUCUUCUUCGACCUCCCCAGUUUCAGAGCGUGUGUCUUUUUUUCGCUACGGUCGUUUCAGUGACAAAAACACAAGAUGGCAAAUGAAGCCAGGCCAUGCCCAUGUGACAUUGGAGACAGGAUGGAAUAUGGCAGUCUUGGUGAAGAGGUUCAGAUUGAGCACGUUAAAGCUUACGUGGUGAAACCUAAAGCACCAACAGACAAAGCGGUCAUUGUAAUUCAGGACAUUUUUGGAUGGCAGCUAUCCAAUACACGAUACAUGGCUGACAUGCUCGCUUCAAAUGGAUAUGUUGCUGUUUGCCCAGACUUCUUUCUUGGAAAGGAACCAUGGAGUCCUUCAAGUGACUGGUCAACAUUUCAGGAGUGGCUUGAGGAAAAAAAACCCACCAACAUCAACAAGGAAGUGGACGUGGUUUUGAAAUACCUCAAGGAACAUAGUGGAGCUAAAAGGAUUGGAGUGGUGGGUUUUUGUUGGGGCGGAGUGGCCACACACUACAUAGCUCUGCAAUAUACUGAAGUCAAGGCUGGAGUUUCAGUCUACGGGAUCGUUAGAGAGCGAGAGGAUCGUUACGAACUCAAAAGUCCGACUCUCUUCAUCUUUGGUGAAAAAGACACGGUGAUACCACUUGACCAGGUGACAACACUUGAGACAAAACUGAAGGACAAGUGCACUGUUGACUUCAAAGUGAAGGUUUUUCCCAACCAAACCCACGGAUUUGUGCACCGUAAACGAGAAGACAUCAAUUCGACAGACAGGCCACACAUUCAGGAGGCCCGGCAGGACAUGAUUGACUGGUUAAAUAAGUAUCUGUAAAAGUUAAUUAUGUGCAAAUUUUCAAAUUUAUAGUAAAUUCUUCCAAAAGUGACCAUCUUACCCAAAUGUUGUUGAUGCCCCAUGUGUUUGGUGUUUAAAGAUCUGGCUGCAUUCAUGAGGAUAGUUUAGUGCCUCAGAACGCCUGACUAAAGCAUCAAACACUCUCCAUAAAAAACACAGUUGUACCUAAAGCUUUUAUAAAAUACCAGAAUAAGUUUAUUUCCCCCAGACGUAAGCAGAUAGAAGGUCAACAGGUAACUUUAAUUGUGCCAUUUGCUUUCGGAAUCUGUUUAACCUUCAACAUGAAGUCCAAAGAGCUCUCGCUGCCAGUGAAGCAGUCCAUUGUUAAGCUAAAAAAUGAAAACAAAUCCAUCAGAGAGAUAGCAAAAACGUUAGGUGUCGCAAAAUCGACUAUUUGGUCCAUUCUUAAAAAGGCAGAACACACUGGUGACCUCAUGAACAAUCACAGGUCUGGAAGACCACGGAAAACGACUGAGGGGGAAGACAGAAGAAUUCUUUCCUUGGUGAAGAAAAACCCCUUCACAACGGUUGGUCAGAUCAAGAACACCCUCCAGGAGGUAGGUGUAUCUGUGUCUGAGUCAACAAUCAAGCGAAGACUUCACCAGAGUAAAUACAGUUGGUCCACCGUAAACCUUAAAAAGAGGAGGACCAAAGAAAGAUUAAAAAAUGACAAAAAAUGUGUGAAAAAGUCUGGAAAUUCUAAAACAACAUCCUGUGAACAAAUGGAAAAAGGAUCUACUUUGACAGAUUCUGAGGAAGAGACAAGCUCAGAGAAGGGAAAGAACUGUUCAUGAUCUAAAUCAUAUCACCUAAUGUGUGAAGCCUGGUUGGAGGUAGGGUCAUAGUGUGGGCAUGUGGGGUUGCCACUGGAACUGGAUCCCUUCUAUCACUCGUGGCUACCGACCAAAGCAGCAGGAUGAAUUUUAAAGUUUAUAGAGCUGUAUAUCAGAUCAAACUCACUGGACAGUGCUUCACAGUGCAGAUGGAUGAUUAAUGACCCAAAGCGUACUUCAAAAGCAGCCCAAGACUUAUUUUUAUUUAUUUUUUUUUUGAUUGAGAUGGCCAUACUGAGAUUUAUUCUCUAAUAACAGCACGUCCCAAAGGGUUUUUAUCCAUCUUUUACCACAGCAAUUUGCCAAAGAUCGCAACAGAGAAAAAAUUAUUAAUGAAAAAACAUUGUGCUUUUUAUUUAUUUUUUUUUUAGUUAACUAAACAAACCGCUAUAAACAAUCACCAUCUCUGGCCUCUUUUUUCACCCUUCCUUGAUGUUGGGUACAGAAAAUGCAGUCUGUCUUAUUUUUGAGGAAUCAGAAUGUUACUGUGGUAGAAUUUACAACGGUGGAAAAAUGUACACUGGAAUUUUUUUCAUUAAAUGUUAAAUAUCCACCAGUUCAAUGUUUUUUUUAUUUUUUUUUGGGGGGGGUUUAUAAUCAGUUCAUAAUUGCCUCUAGAUCUCUGACGUUCCAUUAUAGUUUUUAUGUAUAACAUGAAAUCUAAAGAAACUAAUUCAGACCUUUUAGAUUCUGGCCCAGAUUGGACAAUAUCAUUUUUGACUCCUGAUAUAACUAAAGCUAUAUGUCAUCAUGUACCUGCUUACAUGCAGAACAUGAUGACAUACAUUGACAUGAAAAAGUCUUUGCCCCAUUCCUAUUUUUUUUAUUUUAUUUGCAUGUUUGUCACACUAAGGUGGUUCAGAUCAUCAAACAAAUUUAAAUAUUAACACUUUCACACAGGGCCAUGUCCAAAAAGUUGGAUUUUUUCCCUUAAUAAUAAAAACCUUCAUUUAAAAACGGCAUGUUGUGUUUACUUGUUCUCUUUGACUAAUAUUUAAAUUGGUGUGAUGAUCUGAAACAUUAAAGUGGGACAAACGUGCGAAAAAAAAAAAAAAAAUCAGGAAGGGUGCCAACACUUUUUCACACCACUGUAUAAUGGUUUCUGAGUACUUGUGUCUGGUCUGACCUUGAGUCAGUGAUGCAGCAUGGCUGGUUCUUGAACUAUACCCUGUAGAUAAAGGGUUAAAAAAAAGACAGUAUUUUCAAAUAUGAAAAAAAGAAUUAGAGAAAUAUGAGAAAGUGUCUCUGAUAUUAUUUUUGUGUCCUUCAGCAUAGGAGCUGAGCUUGUGGAACGAGGUCACUUAGUACAGCUCACUGACCAACAGAGAGGCUUUACUAUAUGAUAUCUUUGUAGAACUCUGGUAAUAUCUGCAAUUGUAUGUUUUAGAGAUGAUGUGUUGAUCAUAUUUUACUUUUAGAAAUUAGUUCUUCAUCUUAGUGCAAGAAUCCUUUAUACUAUGCAUUCUACCCAUAGAUGUUACACUAUAUGCCCUAAAGUAUAUGGACACAUGACCAGCAACACUAAUAUUUGGAUCUUCCUCAAACAGUUGCCUCAAAUUUGAAAGCACAGAUUUGUAUUAGUUUGUUAAGGAUGGAGUGGAAGAACGUUAGUGGCCUGCAUAGAGCCUCUGUUGGGAAGACCUUUAGAAUGAACUGGAAUGCUAACGUGUCCCAGUUCAUGUUCCAAAAUCUAGUGAUGUGAUCAUUCCGUAAGAGUGAAGAGAAUCAUACGCCUUUAUGUUUUUCUGAACAUCCCAUUCCAGAUUUAGUCCCUCAUUGCUGAUAAACAUGUGUCCAGAAACCUUUGGCCAUACUUUAUCACUAUUCUUAGUUAUAAGACUUCAUAGGUAUGGUAGAUGAUCUGUAAUAAUAAUCCACUGUGUGACUGUAUUAAGGAACCUAGUUAGUACUAAGACCCAAAAAAAUAUGGCUAUCCUGAUAAUGCAAUGAAGUUUGUUCGUUGUGGGCUUUCUAUAUCUUAUAGAUUAGGGUUAGUACUAUGAAUGCUUUAUGUAGUAUUCUCAUUAUUUUGUUUCAUAAUACUGUUAUUGGAUUUCACAUGGCAGAAAUGCAAAUAUGGGAAAAUUGCCAAUCAGAAACUCAAAUCAUAUCCAUGAGAAAUCUGUUAAAUGAAAUGUUUUGUGGACCUGACUAAUACUUGGAAACUUUGAUAACUGAUUAUUCAUUAUUUUUUAAAUAAAUCAUAAUUUUAUUAUCAUGA